UGUGUGUGUGUGUGUGUGCGUGUGUGUGUGUGUGUGUGCAGUUUCAGAUCUUUUCUCCCAUGAUGCCUCGGGUGUCGUUCUCCGCCCCCUCUCAGCUCGCCGCCCUCCUCCCGCUGCUGUCCCGCCUCCUCCCGUCUCUCCCCGCCCCGGUCCGAGACUCUGACGUCCCAGCUCUGUUUCGAGAGCGUUUCAUCGUGUCCGGUUACCGGCCAGCGGGGUUGCCGUGGCGAAGCUACGUCCUCAGUCUCUUCCAGAUCCACAACGAGACACUGAACGUGUGGAGCCACCUGCUGGCCGCCACCGCCGUGGCGCUGAGGUUCACUGCGUUCGCCGUCCUGCAGGGAGGGGGGCUCCUGGGUGUCCGGCUGCAGGGUCCUGAGGGUCAGGGCGUCUCUGUGGACGCAUCCUCGCUGCCGCUCGUCCUCUACGCCAUCUCCGCCAUCACAUACCUGAGUUGCAGCGCUGCGGCUCACCUGCUUCAGUCUCACUCUGAGCGCGCUCACUACUCGCUCUUCCUCCUGGACUACGUGGGCGUGGCCGUCUACCAGUAUGGCUGCGCUCUGGCUCUGAGCCUGUACAGCGCCGACCCUGCCUGGACGCAAAGCAUGCUGGGACAGGUAUUCCUCCCGGCCGCCGCCCUCCUCGCUUGGCUCUCUUGUGCCGCCUGCUGCUACGCCAAGCUCCGUUUCCGGCGGCCAUACCCGCUGCACAGGAAGCUCUGCCAGGUGCUGCCGAUGGGCGUGGCCUACCUGCUGGACAUCAGCCCGGUCGCUCACCGCCUCGCCACGCACAGCUGGACGAGCAGCGCCGCACUGCCGUUGCAUGUCCUGCAGGUGGUGCUGUUCCUGCUCUCGGCCUUCUUCUUCUCCUGUCCCGUUCCAGAGCGCUUCUCCCCGGGCCGCUAUGACAUCAUCGGCCACGGCCACCAGCUGUUCCACCUGCUGCUGGCGCUCUGCACGCUGGCCCAGCAGGAGGCGCUGUUCCACGACUUCCUGUGGCGGCGACCGGCACUGGUCAGGGAGUUCGGAGAGCAGCGCCUCCUGCUGGCCUGCGCCUCCUUCCCCUGCCUGGCGCUCUGCUGCGCCAUGACGGCGCUCGCCAUGAGGAGGCGGGCCCAAGAUCAUCUGAUGAAAGAGCAGAGAUGAAGAUGAGUCUGUGAACAUAUGAGGGAUUUACUGUGCAUUCAUGAAGUGUGUGUG